AUGUUUUUGGUAUGGGAAGCAGAAGAUCGAGAUGCAGUAAAGGAGCUGCAGAGAUUGUUCCAGAAAGCUGAAGAGAUGCGACAGCAAAGAAGCCACCUAGAAGCUCAGCUCAAGGAAGCAAUGAGGAGUGAUGACAUAACAAAGCAGAUCAUGAUGCACAAGGAGGAGGAUUUGAAGGAAUUAUUUCAACGGGAACUUAAGAAGCAUGACCACCUGGUCAGCCUACUGGAGAUGAACAUGAGUGCACAGGGAAACAUCUUGAAGGCAUUGAUUGAAGCCAAUGCUAUGUAUGCACCAACACGGAAGAAGGUUGUGGAAGUCAUGCAAAUCCGGGAGGCAACAAUCCGAUCCCUGAUAUCAUCAUAUGAUUCUUAUGAAGACCUCUUGGAGAAAGGUAAAAAAGGGAUUGACUUUUAUGUGAAAUUGGGAGGAAAUGUAAACAAGUUGAUUCAGCGAGUGCGAAGUACCUUCAAGGUUCAAGAAGAAGAGAGGUUGGCUUACUUGAAGAAGGUGAAUGAUAGGCUCCCAAUUUCCAAUAAGCCUAACCGAGAGCCCACAGGACCGAAACUUAAGGAUUUCUUGCUUGCAAAGACUAAGGGAGGGGUGAUUACUGGACAACAGGCAUACUCUUAUGACAGUUAUCCGAUUGGGGAUGAUCGGCCAACACCAAUCGGAUCAGAAGCCACAGAACAAGACAGCCCUUAUCGAUGUCAUACCCCUUCCCAAGUUCUUCAUGGGAACUUGAAUCCCAUUCCAGGUCAAGCCUAUAGAGAUCACUGGAACUCCUACAUACCACCAGAUCAUGCAAGUGAGACAAUACCGUCAUCAGCUUCAUUUGCUUAUUCGGUGGCCAUUUCAGGAGCAUUUCCCUAUAGUGGAACUCACUCAAGUGUGUCAAGCAGCCCAAUAUACAGUGAAUCAUACCAUCAUCCUACAACAUCCUUGACCUCAUCUGGAGCUACCAGUGCAGCAUAUAUUCCUCCUGCCAGUGUCCAAGCCCCCAAUCAGUGCCAUCAGACCCAAUAUCAUUACGGCUAUGUUCCACAGGAAUAUCCCUUUUCUUCUACUGGAAGUACGCAGAGUAAUUUUGUCAUGAGUUUGAGUCACCCUGGAGGGUCUGGAGUGAGUUAUAGCCCCCAAUUUCAUCAAAAUACCCCAGAUGGUCAACAUGUCUCAGCAGCUCAACUCCUCCCUGCUCCUCAUCAGGGAGGAACCAGCUAUUCAGGAAUAAGGAGUUCUCCGCAGUGGAAUGAAGCAGCAGUGACCACAGCAAGUAUCUCCAUGCCUGGAACUGUAUAUUCCAGCCCCAAAUCCCUAGGGGGACCAUAUGGUCAAAAUAGUUCUCUACCUUAUCCAUAUUAUUCCACAAGAGUCCCUCAACAUUCCUAUGGAUCCAUGGCUUCUCCUGUAUCCACACACUCAGACCAUACCAUUAUGACAACAGAGGAAGUUAUGAUUCCUGCAUGUAUGAGCAACCAUCCUGAUGGUGGACCCUCAUAUACAACUGUUCCUGCAGUGGUCAUGUCCAUGAGCUCUGGUGAAGGUUCCUAUAUAAGUCCACAUCAACCUGGUGCUUCAUCUACUGCAUUUUUUCCAAGUUUUGGAGGUCAUCACCUUGUUCAAGUAGGCAUGAUGCCAUCACAUGAGGAGCCUCAAGGUGUCAAGCCAUCAGCUUUGGAUCUCCUGUCAGACAUCUCCUUUGAUAUUCCCUCCUCUGUGCAGCUUCUGAAACCAUCUCAGGCAAAAAAGGAAGAGGAUGUGGUACCAAAUACCCAAAAUUUGGAUGGAUCAUCGUUAAAUGUUGAUGUAGCCAAGUCCUUAAGUAUGCUGGCAUUAAGUAAGAAAAGCACUGAAGUGAAGAAGUCAAUCAGUGUGAAGAGUGAUCCAUUUCUUGAAGCUGAUACCUUAGAGAGGUUCAAAACUGAAGUAGAGAAGUUUGCCAAGUAUGUUGAAGGCUUGGAGAAGAAGAGCUUGAAUGGACCCACAUCUCUUGAUCACAAGUGGAAGGAACUCAUGGCAUUGCAGGAAGUAGAUAGCAGGAAGCUGACCAUCUCUGUUGCACGAUGUUAUCCAAUGAAGAACCGGUUCCCUGACAUUUUGCCUUUUGAUGCUACUCGUGUGGAACUUAAAAGUGGACAUGAUUACAUCAAUGCUUCUCACAUCCGAAACCUCACACCCAACUGCCCAAACAUGAUUGCAGCUCAAGCUCCAAUUCCACUCACAUUCCAAGAUUUUUGGAUGAUGGUUUGGGAGACCCAGACAGAGAUCAUCACUUGUCUCCUUUCUGAAAAAGAGUUCAAAGGACCCAUCUAUUGGCCUUUGGAGAAGGGGAAGACAGGCAGACAUGGACCACUGAAAUUGAGUCUUCAAAGCUUAAAGCAGGAGAAGUUUUGGGUUGAACGGAUCAUCACCAUCACCCAUGAGGAAUUAAAAGCAUCACGAAAUGUCGUUCAUCUUCUUUUCCCCAAUUGGAACAGCAGCCUCCCACCAAAUUCUCCAGUACCAUUAGUCCAGUUCACAGCAGAAGUAUUGAGCUACUAUAAACAACAGCGCCACCAGGAGAAUCCAAUUGUGAUUCACUGCCUGUCUGGAGUGGGUCGAACAGGGGUCCUCUGUCUCCUCUUGGCUGGGGUCUCUGAAAUCCAAGAAGGUCAUGGAAUCAUUGACAUUGUACCAACGUGUGCUGAGAUGCAACGACAAAGACGUGCCAUGCUUCAAGAACCUUCUCACCUGGCCCUUUGCUAUCACCUUCUUCUAUAUUAUGCACAGGAUCUUCUCCUCAAAUGUGGUGUGCUGAGUACUAGGAGCCUUUCAUUUGAUGAUGGUGUAUCCCGUCAUACCAGGCACCCAUCUGAAGACUUUGUACUAGGCAUGGCAGAUUCAUCUAACAUUUUCAGCACCUCUGAGCCUCCUAAGGAGAAAGCCAAAAUACAGGAGGGAGGACAGCAAAAGAUGGGUGAAGAGAUGAACAAGGAUGAGAAACAAAUCGAAAAUCAAGGUGAAAAAGAGGGCGAUGGUGAAAUCAAAAGUUAUGAGACCAGAUCCCCAGGCUUUACAGAGAUGGAGUUGGCAAAAAAAGACAUUGAAUGUGUGAAUGUGAAGGAGGUGGUUGGAAGACGGGAGAAAGAAAAAGAGAAAGAAGAUAUGGAUAGCACAUUCCUGGCUGGUGUGGAUCCUCUUAAAUUCAGUGUAGAUUCCUUGUCCUCGCAUCGGAAGCAGCCGAGAUUCACUAAGGAAAGUUUCCUCAAUCAAAUGGGUACAGGGCUCAGGGACUGUACUCAUGAUCCCUCUGAUCCUCUCAGUCAACUUGAUCCCUUGUGGACUUUGAAGAAGUGAAAAUCAACUUUGUCAUGCCUCUACAUUGGAGAACAACACUCACCAAUAGGAAGGGAUUAUUUUAUGCAAGUUUCAGUGAUGAUAGUAUUGGUGUCUUAUACAGUAUCUAAAAAGAGAGAUACUUCUUUGACUGUCACCCUGUGGAGUUAUUAAAUAAAUUGGAGGGACCAAUCAACAGAGC